AUGGUGUGUUGUUGUUGUCCCUGCGCGGUGCUCGCAUUCUACCGGGUCCCGGUAGGGCUGUGCCAGAAAGCGUGGCGGAGGAGAAAGCAGAAACGGCUGCUUGUGAAGAGGAGGAAGAUGGAGGAGGGCGGCGCGGCCACAGUUCCGGCGACGAUAGGGUCUCCGACGCAGCCGCAGCCGCCUCCUGCGCCGAUCGGAGAGCCUGAGGGGUCCCGCAGACCUAAAACCUCGAACUCCAUUGAUUUCGACCGAGAAAUGUGGAGGCGGUUCAACAGCCACGGGUUCUGGCGGAGCGCGUUGGAGAGAAGCGAUAGUUUCAUCGCCCCCGUGGUUUGGGUUUGGGAUUAUUGGUUUGGGUUGGGUUAUUUUGGAUAG